AUGUUUGGCGUGGCGCCGCCCCAGGUGCUAUACCACACUCGGCAUGCCGUGCCAUCAGUGGGCGGCAACGCAGGGUCUGCUGGUGCCAAGUCCUUACUACAACAGCAACAGCACUACUCUCCCAUGGAGCCGCUCCGUAGUCCCGUAUCCCCCGGCACCCGCAAUCGCAAUCAGUCUGCAUACAAAGGCAAGUCGAAGAAAAGCAGCCGCCCCGGGACGGCCGAAUCCUCCGAGCCGCUGCUAGACCAUGCAGUGAACGCUGAAUGGGAUCGACCGCUGUCUGCUCCCUUGUCCGACGUGUAUCUGCAUUAUAGGCACUCGUUGAAUUCCCUUAAUGACAUUAUUGACAGGGAUGACAAGCAGUCCUUGGCGGAGCUGCACGACUAUCUCAGCAGUAGGAACGACCUGUUUGAGGAGUCUCCUGCGGAGGACGAGCCUCUUGUCAUCUCUACCCCAACUACGAAGGCCGAGCGCAGACGUUCUUUGCCGUCCCGUAUGUCGCUGACGUCUCUUUCGUCGGAGUGGAGCGCCCUCCCUUCGCCUCCUCAAGAAUCGGCGUUCCAGACGCGUCGGCGCAGAGCGGCCAAGUUGACGCAGUUCUUUGGAGUCAACUACCGCGAUCUCAUGAGUGAGAUUCUUGACAGCAUCGAGAAAGGGCUUGAGGAAGAAAGCGGUAAGGGUACUUUGAAGCCAGAUGAAGUUCAGGAUCUACUACAGAAGCUUGUCAAGUUGAAGACGAAGCGCAACAACCUUUCUUGA